AUGGCGGAGAAUCUAAGUACUAUUCUUUCUGAAAUCACCACUUGCAAAUCACCAAAAGAAGCUACGGAAAAGUUUUCAAACUUGCUGAAAUCUCUUCCUCAGUCUUCCGAAAGUUUACUAGCUGAUAUAACUACAAUUGUCAACACAAUUUCUCAGGAUAUGGUGACAGUUAUAGCGGCCAGGAAGUUUUGUGAUGAACUUAUAAACUUCGUGAAUCAAGUUCCUGAUAAUUCUUUAGCGAUUAGUGCAUUGCAAAUCCUACUUUCUCGAAUGCAGUCAAGAAAUAUUGCUUUUGAAUCUCAAUUGGUUGAACUACGUGAUUCACUUUCUAAGCGAUUAGAAGCCGUAGGGAACCUUCGUGAAGCCGCUACUGUUUUGUCUGAUAUACCAUUAGAGAGUGGACAACGAGUCUAUGGAGUAAAUUAUAAAUUGGAUAUCUAUUUGAGAAUAGCAGAAUAUUUCUUAAAAAUUCAUGAAAUUCAAGAAGCUGAAGUUUUUGUAAAUCGGGCAUCUUUACUGCAACCAGAAUGUCAGAAUCAACAACUGUUGGUUCGAUACAAGAUAGCCUAUGCACAUUUAUUAGAUUUAAAGCAAAAAUUUCUUGAAGCUGGUCAACGUUAUGCUGAACUGUCUAUAAGAUUUCCAUGGCUUGAUGAUUCCGAGCGUUUGGCCUUUAUAGAACGUGCGUUAGCAGCUGCUCUACUUUCUAGUGCUGGUCAACAACGUUCUAGGUUAUUAGCUACUUUAUAUAAAGACGAACGGUGCCAAACUUUCGAUGCCUAUCCAAUUUUAGAAAAUAUGUUUAUGGGACGUUUAAUUAAUCGUUCAUCACUCUCCAGUUUGGAGCCUUUACUUAAGAAAUAUUAUCCUCAUUUAUUACAAUCUUCAAUACAAGAUGUUUCAGGAGUAACUACCAGCAUUCAAGAUCAGUCGAGGACAUUGUCAUCUACCACUUCAUCUUCUGUACAAAAACUGCUUGAACGAGCUUUGAUUGAACAUAACAUGUUAGCCGCCAGUUUAAUCUAUAAUAAUAUCAGUUUGGAGAAUUUAGGUCUUCUUUUGGAAAUAUCUGCAAGUGAGGCUGAAUCUAUCGCCUCGCAAAUGAUUAGUGAAGGAAGAUUAAUUGGUAAACUUGAUCAAAUUGAUGGUGUUAUUCAUUUCGAAAACAGAGAUCCUGGUGUUUCAUCUUGGAGUAUGCAUAUUCAAAGUUUAUGUACAGCUGUUAAUCGUAUAGUUGAAGAUAUUGAAGCUGCACAUCCUGAUUGGGUUCAUUCCCAUUUGAAUUCCAGAAUGGUUAUAGAUCCUCCAGUAUGA